CAAGUGUUGAAGUGACAGUUCGGGAAUUUUUAAACUCAAAAAUCAAUAUUUAUUUACCUCUUGUUAGAAAAAUAAAUAAAGUAAAUUAAUGAAGAUACCUUAUUCAAAAAUAGAAUUUACAAUCGCCAAACCCGAUAAUUCUGAAUAAUCGACAUAAUUAUGGAAUAAUAGGUAUUCUAAGUAAAACAAAAAUAGCAUAAAAUGACUUUGUUUAUAGAUACUGUGUUAGAUUUUAAUUACUCUAGUGUUGUUUCGACUAUCGGUUCGUGGCAUCCAACUUUACCAUUGCUGGCGAUUGGAUCAUACAACCAAGAGAAAGGAGGUUUUGUCACAAUCUUUCAAGAAAACGGCCAAGCAUUGGAUGGCUGUGACUGGCCUGUCCUCCUAUCUAACCAAGUGACAGCUUUGGCAUGGCAUCCACUGAGAAAAUUACUUGUUGUUGGUUGGGAUGGAGGCGAACUCUAUAUAUGGCUGGAAUAUUCUUGGGCACGCUUAGAAGCACCUCAUAAUUCUGCUAUAAUAACUAUCACAUUUAGCCCUGGAGGUGGAAGGCUAAUUGCCUCUGAUGCAACUGGUUCUCUGUCUGGUUGGCAGGCCAGUUCGGGUGCACCAUUGACAGCAUUCCACCAUCAGCUUGGUGAUGUUAUUACUCAUGUGAAAUUUUGUGCUCCACUUUCAACAUCUGAAUCGUCCAUUAGAAAACUUGCCCAUGCAGCUGUUGCAGGGGAUGAAAAUGCUUUGGAUGUGCUAGCAGCUUGGAGACCUCGAACAACAGCUAGAAUCAAGGAAGGCUAUCACCCAGAUAAUCACGCUUGCUUUGCUGUGCAAGAUAAUGGUAUAAUUUUAUAUAUAGACCAUUCUGGCUCAUGUUCAGAAGUAUUAAAUGCCCCAGGUGUAAUAGUCUUUAUUGGUAUUAUAAGUAACUCAUAUUUACUUGUCGCGUGGGAAAUAGGUGGUGCAAUAAGUUUAUCUAGAUUCAUAAUAACAGAUAAGGGCUCACUGACCACAGAUACUCAUGUUCGAAUGUCAUCAAAGAAUAGUGAGAGUAUUGUUUUGGCUGGACAGUAUUCAGUAGCGGUAAUCACCAAUGACAAAGUUGUGAGAGUGUGGGACAGUGAAACCGGCGACAAUGAUGUAUUACCCAAUGAUAGUGACGACCCUUCAUCGGGUGAAUCAUUUACAAGCUUAAGCUACUGUAACUUGAGUGACACCCUAUGUUGUGGGACAUCUGUUGGAAACAUAUACCUGUGGAGGCGUGAUUAUAAGAGUAAUUGGAAGUUAUUGAGUAGAACAUCAGUUAAAGGUACUGUUAAAGAAGUAUCAUGGGGUUCGGAAGGCUUAAUGAAUCCUCUUUUGUAUGUUAAUUGCAUAACCAAAGCUUUCAUACUGAGAGAACAACAUGUUUGCUGGGGCUAUUCAUCAAGAAUGAGUAUGGUUCAGAAAUCUGCCCAUGAAAUAGAAAUUGUUAGUAAGAAUAGUAUUACAUCCCAGAUAAUUUCUUCUGUCACAGUCAAAUAUUUUGCAUUUAAGGAUAAUUGUGUUGCCUUAAGUGAUGGAAACGAAGUACAAAUAUGGACAUGUGGAAAAGAUGAAGACAAUAUACUAUUUACACAUGUUCGUUCAUUUACAUGGAACACAAGUGCUUUGCUUAUGUACAAUGAAGUUCUAGUGGGCCUUAUUGCUCCACAUGUAGAAUGCUACUCUAUUUUAGGAAAUAAAUUAGGCAUGUUACCUAGCCUUGAAGGUGAAGGUGAACCAAUAGCCAUCACAAAUACAAAUAAAUUUAUUGCUAUAGCAACUAUUGCUGGCAUUCUUAAGGUGGCAGAAAUAACUAAAAAGGGUCUUAGGAUGUCUUACCCGGCUAAAAAUUGUUUUGAAAUGAUUGAAGACUUUGGUGAAAUCAUGAGAGUUUCAAUAAGUUCAGGUGGCAAUUUUGUAUGUCUGAGCAUAGCAAAUGCUGGUUUAUCACCUGACCCCAAGAUAUAUUUGUGGGAUGUUGCAAAUGAUAAAGUAUCAAAUAUUUUACUAACUGAUAGCAAAGCUCUAGAAUAUCAGAGCAUACCAAUUUCUAUACUGUGGGAUACCUUUGAUCCACGAUUAGUGGCUGUUCAUAUGCGCUGUGCUGAUUUUGAUAAGGUUCAUUUGUUUUUCUGCCAUGAAGGAGAAUUGUAUGAGUACAAAAAUUGGUGUAUGUCUCCAGAGAGCCAUUUCCAAUCUGAAUUUAUUUUAUGUUCUAUGUCUACUCCACAUGUAGUAAUCCUGUCUCAUCAAAACAUGACAAAAAUACUUUUUGACGUAUUUGAAGAUUCAGAAGAAUAUGAAAGUAAUAAGGUGAAGCAAGCCUUGAAUUUUAUUUUUUAUAUGACAAUCGGACAAUUAGAGAAGGCAGUUGUAAUGGGAUCAAAUAUCACAGGAAUUAAAAGCUCUGUAAUAUGGACUAGCUUAGCUAAAGAAUGCGUCAUGCAUAAAAGAACUGAUGUUGGAGCUAUGUGUUUGAGUAAAAUGGAAAAUAUCAAGGGGGCAUUAAUGAUGCGUAAAGCUAUAAAUGACGAGAACUUAGACGAAACAUCAAGAAUAGGUAUACUCGCUGUGAAUUUAGGCAUGUAUGAUGAAGCUCAACAGCUAUUUCAAGAAUCUCACAGACCAGACUUAGUUACUCGACUGGUCUCCGCUAAAGUAUCUGGCUUGAAUGAAAUAAUUGAAGCCGACGGUUCCGGCGAAAAUGUGUUGCUUGUAAAGAGUGCACAACACCGUCUUGCGAAAAUUUUGUGGAUGAAUGGUGACACCGCUGCAGCUUUGAAACUAUUUGAACAAUCCGGGACCCUGGUUCCUUAUGUUCCCAGGAUGUUAAUUGCUCAAGGCCAGGCUUCGUUCCUGGCGCAAUAUGUUUCAUCAUCUCAUAAUAUUGAUUUGAUAAUGUGGUGGGGGCAUUAUUUGGAAAGCAUCGGGGACCUCGAUGGAGCUUUGGAUGCAUAUGCGCGCGCGAAUGAUUUCGGCGAGCAAACGAGAUUAUUGUGUCACAUGGAUCGACUAGAUGAGGCAGAAAAGAUAUGUCAUAAGAAUUCUUCAUCCUUGUAUCAAAUGGCUCGCCAUUUAGAAGUUAACAGCAAUGAAACCGGCAAAGUAGUGAAGAUGUAUAUAAAGUGUGGUGCGAUCACUUCAGCUAUCCGCGUGGCAGCGGAGUCAUGUUCCUGGAACCUGGUGUGGAGAGCUGGGUCCGCUUCAUCCAAACACGCAGUUCACGCCGCUGCCAUCCUAGAGAAUGCCGAAGAAAAUGAGAAAGCGAUCGCACUUUAUCAGAAAGCUGGGAAACCCCACAUGGCGCUGAAACUAGCGAUGAAGUGCGGAGACACGAACGCAAUAGUGGCGGCCGUGGAGUGUCUGGGAGACCGCGUGGAGCCCGGGCUGGCGGUCGCACUGGCCACUCGUCUCCGGAGCGUCAAUCACCACUCACAAGCUGCAGCCCUGCUCGCCUCCGCGGGGAAGUACGAGGAAGCGAUAAACAUAGUGGAAGAGUCGUCAGAACUUCUAUCAGAGGAGUUGAGUGAGCGACUAGCAGCGCCAGCCGGCACUUCCGGACGGGAGGCGCUACUGCGGAGGUUGGCAGACGUGUUGGGCGCCCGGGGACUCUACCACCAGGCCGCUAAGAGGCUUGCAAAUGUCGGCGAUAAGGCAGGUGCUAUGCGGUGGUUGAUACGGGCUGGUGACGCGGAGAGGAUCGCGACAUUCGCCGCCGCCAGCCGGGACCGCACCGCGCAGCUGAUGGCGGCAGACUACCUUCGCCGCAGGGCUCCGUGGCGGACGAGGCCCGACCUCACUCGCCACAUCCUACACUUCUACAGCAGGGCGAAGGCUUUCGGGAAGCUUGCCUCCUUCUACGCCGAGUGCGCGAAAAUGGAAAUUGAUGAUUAUGAGAAUUACGAAAAAGGAUUAGAAGCCCUGAAAGAAGCUAUGCGCUGUAUAAGCAAGUCAGCCGAUCCGGAAAUGAGUGCGCAAACAAUGGCGCUCCAAGAGCAGAGCACUCUGGUUAAACGUUUUAUGGAAGUUAGAAAGUCCUUGGAAAUGGGCGAACUUGAUGUCGGUGUUAAUUCUGGCCAACAAUUGAUUCGAGCUGUGAGUGGGCGACCAGGACUAAUAUCGCAAGAGAAAGUAUUGAAGCUGCUUAUAUUGCUUGCUCCAAAUCAUCCAGAUGUUGAACGCUUAGAACAACAACUAAAAACAUUACAAAUUCAGGAAGAUAAACAUUCUCCAGAACCUACAGACCAAACAGUUGAGGAGGACAUCUGAUUGAAUCUCAUGUUGUUUUUAUGGGACCAUUACGAAUAAAAUAAAGAUCAAAUAUAGUUAUUAAAUAAAUAUUUCUAGAGUGAAGAUUAUUUAAAUACAAUUCAAGGUUAAAUAUAGUUUAUUUUUAUGUAGACAAUAAAUAAAUAUUAAUUCAUU